ACUGUUCCUGUCAUCCCGAUGGAUCGAUGAAUAAUGCUUGCGAUCAGCUGACGGGGCAGUGUACGUGCAAGCCUGGUGUUCUUGGCCGGCAAUGCUCCAUAUGUCAGAGUGGAGAACAGCUUACUAAGGACGGAUGCGCUUUCGAUGUUGAGUCCGAAGUGAGCAGUGAACGUAUUCGGAGUCCCCACAUGGCGACAGCUGGGCGGUUAUUUAGUCCCAAAACUACGCUCCUUAUCCGAGCUCUGGUGACACUGGAGCAACCGGUGGCAAUAGAAUUGCAUGCCACGCUGUAUGCCACCGACGGGGGUUUGCUACAUUACAGAGUUUCCCCAACGACGCGUGAACAAAUGAUGGUUCCAAAUAUACACGACCAUCAGUUCAGUUUAAUGGUUGCUCGAAAGCGCUUGGAAUGCAGAUACGUGAAUGGCAGCACAAGGACCAGGGUGCAUAUUGUUCGAUCUGCCCUGACCAUCCUACCUGGAGCACAUUACAAAAUACACACCGGUGUUUCGAACGGACAGCCGUGGUUACGCAUCAACAAUGAGGACCAAACAGUUUCUUAUCCAUCAGGAGCUAAAUUAGAACACGAAAAAACAGAGGAAAUUCUCCAUUCAGGUGGUUACCGUACAAUCGUAGUCGGACGACCACUGACGGAAAACAUUGGCGGAAUUGAUACUAUACAAGGAUCCUAUACAAAUGUCGGCUUCUCUGGAUGUCUCUUAAAACUCGUCAUUCGGGCAGGAAAUCCGGCUCUGCAACAGGUGGUUGAUUUGAUUAAAGCGGAUCGCACUGAAAUGGUCUGGAUUGGCAUUCAGCAAAUGCAGUCAGGAUUAGAUGAAGCCCCUCUGUGCGAACCACCUUAUUCUGCUAACCAGCGAGAUAGCGCUAAAGGCAUCCAGUCAGACUCGAUUGGACCUGAGUGGAAAACCGACCCGUGUAUGUGGUCACGUCCAGUUUGCCAAAACAAGGGGCUAUGUAAGCCCAGUGAUUCAGGCGAUUAUUUUUGUAUUUGUCAACCAGGAUGGCAAGGGAAGCAUUGUGAACAGAUGGCAACAAUUGUACCCCAGUUUUUUGGACACAGCUUCAUUCGUUUACCCGGACCAUCAGGAGAGCAGUCGAUGCAAAGAAAACGUCUCCUCAUUGAACUAAUAUUCAUAAUCACAGAACUACCAGGGCUAUUGUUUUUCGUGCCUCCGGACCAAUUUUCAAACAGGAAUCCGUUCAUAGCGGCCUACGUUGAUUCUCAGAGUUAUUUGGUAAUCGUCUGUCGAGUCGGCAUCCGUGACAUAACAAACUCUUUCGCAGCGACAGAAUCUCAUCGGCACAGCAAUAUCAUUCGACUGCGAUAUUCGGUUCCGGUUCAAGUGGGACACUGGUAUACACUGACGAUCGACAAACGCUCCAAACGGAUAAGCGUUACACUGGAUGGAAAAGUCAAGGAGCAAAUGCGUUUGGUCCCAUUGAUUCUCAAGAAGCCGAACCAAAAACUCUUUACCUUCGACAUAUCCAAAAGCCCAAUCUACUUGGGUGGAUUUCCGUUUCCAUUAAUACCAACAUCAGUCAUAAGCAUCAAGAAAGGCUUGGUUGGAGCAAUACAAAAGAUAAUCAUAAACGGCGCUGAGCUUGUCUUGGCAGACCCAACAUAUCCGAGUUCUCCAUCAAUAGAGACACUGCUACGAUGGGACAACACGGAAUACUGGUCAAACGUAUCGCAGUGGCAAGGUCCACCUUGUGGACCCAGCUACAAUCCUUGUCUUAUGAACCCGCCUGAAAAUGUAUGUCGGCCCCAGGGCUCUGAAGCUGUAUGCUCUUGUUCCACUCCACUACAGCUGUGGAGCAUCAUACACGAACGAAUGGACUACGAUGUAGAGCGCGCAGAAAAACUAGCUUGUGACCAGCGACAACGCGAACUACUUACCGCAAAGGUGGAAAGCUCUUUGUCAAGACAGACCUACAGUGUUCAAAAUGAUGGACAGGCAUUAUGGGACCCGCUAAUUUUGGGGACAUCCGAACCAGUCGAUAGAAUUUCAGAGCAAGUAUGCGGAUCCCUUGUCGUUCGCUUCGCUGGGAGCACGAUAUUUCGGUUCGAAGAGUUCACAAAUGCAAAGGAGAACUACAGAAUACACAUCAAAAUGAAGUCGUCCGAUCGUGAUGGAAUGAUAUUGUACCUGGGCGAGGAUGGAGAUGGCCGGUUUGGACGUCAUGCCAAUGACCGACAUGAAAGUAUCAUAAUAGCAAUGAAGAACGGAUUGGUUGAAGUUGCGAUUCAUUCUCUUGAGUCCGACAGAAUCGUGAAUAACAGCGCAGCCAUAAGGAAGCAUCGAACGAAAACGAGGGUGAAUGACAACAUAUGCCACAAUGUGUGGUUUGCAAGAAAUAAACGGAGUUUUACAUUCGGAGUUGACAACGAGGCGGUAACAGGAGAAGCACAGAGACAUCCCAGUCGACGGCACAAGAACAAAUAUAUCAUGUUAGGUGGUGCAACAACCGAGGUCAAAGGUAUUCCACUCGAGUACCAGCAAAACUUCACGGGCUGUAUCGGUGAUUUCGUUAUUAAUGAUAGACAAAUGCAAGUGCUCACAGAUGCCUACGAAAUAUGGGGGCCAGUGAUGGCAUGCUGA